UCAUCCCGCAGUCCUUCAAAUACGCGGCACGUUCACUAUAGUCUAAUAUAUGUUACAUAACUGUGCGAAAAUUUUGUUGUAUCUAACUUUAUAAGUUCUAACAGCAACCCACAAGAUUCAGAACCAACGGUCCUGUUACACACCGGACCGUUUAAAAGAGGAACUCGCGGGCAGACCCGUUACCACGGCAACAGGCACGUAACGCGCAAGAGCAUGCGCGUUCGCGCGUGCGGUGGUGGCCUAUGUCCUGUUUGACUUCCACAAAGUCUGACUUUCCCAGUCAUGGUUUGAUAAAAAUAAAUGGACCCUGAUGACUGCAACACCCAGAGCACAAAGCACACUGCAAAAUGUUUAAGGAGGACCUGCCACUGCACAAAUAUUCUGGAUUUGGGAUAAUCUCAGUAAAGAGACUGCAGCACCUUGUCAGUACAUCCAUUCCUCCUGGCUCGAGAAUAUUGGCAAGCUGCUCAGAUCCCCCCAAAAUGAUGUGACAAGUCGACCUCAAGUCAAGGUGACCAUGGCCGUACCGGCUGCUCUGAUCCCACCAACUCCUCUCGUCCCGCCGCCUCCGAUCUCGACUCCCAGCGCGACGACGUCCCCGCCGUCGACAACUUCAUCACCGUCUCCAUCCCUGGCUCCCCCAUCCGGACCCGCACAGAACCUGUUCAGAUCAGAGCUCCUCGCCACCGGCAGCCCGGGCAUCCCGAACGCGGGUCUCCCCCCCGGCAAACCCGUGUACUCGACCCCGUCGCCUGUUGAGAACAUACCGCAAAACAACGAGUGCAAGAUGGUCGAGCUGCGCGGUGCCAAAGUGGCUUCUUUCACCGUGGAGGGCUGCGAGCUCAUCUGCCUUCCUCAGGCUUUCGACCUGUUCCUGAAGCACCUGGUCGGCGGACUGCACACGGUCUACACCAAGCUGAAGCGGCUGGAGAUCACGCCGGUGGUGUGCAAUGUGGAGCAGGUCCGCAUCCUCAGAGGGCUCGGCGCCAUCCAACCCGGGGUGAACCGCUGUAAACUCAUCUCCAGAAAAGACUUCGAGACUCUGUACAACGACUGCACCAAUGCGAGCUCCAGACCCGGCCGGCCUCCGAAGAGGACCCAGAGUGUGACAUCGCCGGAGAACCCCCACAUCAUGCCCCACUCGGUCCCCGGCCUCAUGUCCCCCGGCAUGAUGCCACCCACAGGCCUGACAGCGGCGGCGGCAGCAGCUGCCAACGCAGCCAUCGCGGAGGCCAUGAAGGUCAAGAAGAUCAAGCUGGAGGCGAUGAGCGGCUACCACAGCAACGCCAACCACCACGGGGGCGACGGAGAGAACGGAGACCUCGGCUCCAGCGUCGGCCUGGAGCUCCCCUUCAUGAUGAUGCCACACCCCCUGAUCCCAGUCAGCCUGCCCCCAGCCUCUGUCACCAUGGCAAUGAGCCAGAUGAACCACCUCAGCACCAUCGCAAACAUGGCGGCCGCAGCACAGGGCCAGAGUCUGCCCUCCAGAAUGGUCACCUCUGUUAUAAAGCUGCUGGGCUUACAGGAACGUGUGCCGGACAGUCCCUCCCCUGCGCCCUCCUUAGAAGACCACAGGAGGCCAGGCAGUCACCCAUCGUCUCACCGCAGCAGCAGUGUGUCCAGCUCCCCAGCCCACACAGAAAGCUCCUCAGACAGGAUACCGGCACACCACAAUGGCCUGUCCAUGAACCACGCCCUGCUAGGCCUGUCCCCCAACAUCCCCCCUGGGCCUAAAGAGGGAGACCUGGCCCACGACAUGAGCCAUGAAGCAGCUGCACACAAGAGGAUGCACGCCGACAAAGAGGACAACUCAAUGUGCACCCCGACAGCGAGAGAUAGCUACGAGAGGUUGUCAUUGGCCGGCCAGGCUCUGCCUCCUGGCUUCCCCUCACCAUUCCUCUUCCCAGACGGCCUGUCGUCAAUAGAGACUCUCCUCACCAACAUACAGGGCCUGCUCAAAGUGGCGAUUGACAACGCGCGGGCUCAGGAGAAACAGGUGCAGCUGGAGAAGACGGAGCUGAAGAUGGAGCUGUUCAGAGAGAGGGAGCUCAGGGAGACUCUGGAGAAACAGCUCGCCAUGGAGCAGAAGAACAGAGCGAUCAUCCAGAAGCGUCUGAAGAAGGAGAAGAAGGCCAAGAGGAAACUCCAAGAAGCUCUGGAGUACGAGUCCAAGAGGAGAGAGCAGGUGGAGCAGACUCUGAAGCAGCCCUCGCCCUCCGACAGCAUGCGCUCACUCAACGACUCUCUGACCCCUGAGAUGGAGAGUGACCGCAGCAGUGGAAGAACAGAUGCUGAAAGGACAAUACAAGAUGGAAGACUGUUCCUGAAAACCACAGUGAUGUACUGAUAAGGCCGCGAGGAGCUGGAGGAAAUCAAAAAAUUUCAGAAAAAAAAAGAGACACACACGAAAAAAAACAGAAAGAAAACCCAUGAAGAUUCUCACGAGCCCUUAUCCAGGCUGAUUUAGUAGAGGAGAGAAGUCGAGCUGCUUGUAGGAGUUCAAUGGAAAUGCUGUGUUCACCCAGAAUGCUGGAGGAGGUUGUGUCUGAAUGUUUUUAACAGUUUUGACGGGGGCCAGCGUGAAGGAUAAACACAUAUAUUGAGCACAGUAAAAAAUGUACCCAUGGUACACUGUUGGUAAUAACUCGUAAAAAAAAAUUGUCAGCACUGAAGAUUUUUAUACUGUAUCUCAGCCAGCGAGAAAGCUUCGAAAAAGAAAAAAAAAAAAUCCGACUGAAGUUUUUUUGUUUUGUAUUUCAAAUUGAAUUUUGAGACGCUACAAAAAAAAACAACAAAAAA